GCUCUGACACGGUCACACUGUCUGUCGAAUAACGUGAGCAGACAACAACAUCAUAACAGACUUAUUUACAAUAAUCACAAUCAAAUUCUCAGUGUUUUUUUUUUUUGCCAGCUUCCAAUUAAUUAUUUAUUAAGCAUUUCCGUGAAAACCCUGAGAACAAGUGAAACAAUAUGAGUAUGAGCGACGACGACCGAGACAUUGAUAUUGAGAGUGACGACGAUGGCGACUCCGAUAAUGGAUUGGGUUCCUCGCGACACACAAGCACUGCAAAUUUCACCCAGGCUGAAAAGCGGGCACAUCACAAUGCGUUGGAACGAAGACGGCGCGAUCACAUCAAGGAGAGCUUCACCAAUCUUCGGGAGGCUGUGCCCACGCUUAAGGGCGAAAAGGCGAGCCGAGCUCAGAUCUUGAAAAAGACCACCGAAUGCAUACAAACGAUGAGGCGAAAGAUCAGUGAAAACCAAAAGGAUAUCGAGGAGAUCAAGAAGCAAAACAGCCUGUUAGAUCAACAAAUUCGAGCCCUAGAAGGUCCAAACGACGAUCACUUCUCGGAAUUUCUCAGCGAUGAUGAAUUGGGCAGCGAGGAGGCCGAUGACGAUGAAAUUGAUCAGCCCGACUUUAGUAGACGAAAUAAAAAGAUGAAGACCUUCCACGCAUAGCCGCUUUUCCAGCUCAAAAUGCUGCGUAGUAGCACGUUCCGGUUUUCGCUUUCAUCAAUAUUGUGAAUAUUUUCGAUUUAAGUUUACAGUUCUUAGAGUUGUGUUAUCCAAAGCAAUAGCCCCCCAAAGUUGUGAAGGAAUUGUUUCCAAUUCAAAUCAAUUCUAAUUCGAUCAAAAUAAGUGAAAAUGAAAACUGAAACAAACCCAAAAUUCAUAAUCAUCAUUAGCUGUAAGUCCAUCCUGUAACCCACCCACUCUACCUUAAUUUGUAUGCGUGUUUUUUUGUACUUUGAGCAAAUUAACAUUUUCUGCGCUAACAAUAAAAGAUGUAAGUACAUAUUUUAAAACAAAA